CCCCGAAUCAAUCAAUCAAAUCAACUUCCUCCCGAGUGUUUCGUCAUCGGAUCGAACACAGCCAGGCCGCGGAGGCGGAGGAGGAGCCGAUGGAGCCCGGCCAGUGCGAGAUCGCGCGCCUGCCGGAGGAGAUCCUGUCGGCGGCGCUCUCCCGCACGUCGCCGCGCGACGCCUGCCGCGCCGCGGCGGUCUCCCCGGCGUUCCGCGCCGCCGCCGACUCCGACGCCGUGUGGGCCUGCUUCCUGCCGCCGCCCGCCGACCUCCCGCCGCUGGCCGACGGGGAGCUGCUGCUGCCGCCGCGCGGGAAGAAGGGCCUGUUCCUCCGCCUCUCCGGCAGCCCCGCCCUCCUCCCAGGCGGACUGAGCAUGUGGCUGGACAGGGAGAGCGGCGCCAAGUGCUACAUGGUGCCGGCGAGGGACCUGUCCAUCGCGUGGCGCGACACGCCGCGCUACUGGACGUCCUGGAUCCAUCUCGCCGACUCAAGGUUCCCUGAGAGUGCUCAACUCAGGUUCGUUUGCUGGUUGGAAAUCCGCGGCAGGAUACACAGCAAGAUGCUGUCCCGAGGCUCAGCUUACGCCAAUUACAUGGUGUACAAGUUGGACGACGAGUCCUACGGGCUGGAUUGGCCGGCCGAUGCAUCGGUGAGCAUUGGAGGCACUGACCUUGCCCGCAAGGUCUGCCUCCAACCUAACCCGCAAAGAAGCCAUGCAGAGGAUGUGGUGCUCCCUCGUGAAAGGGGUGAUGGUUGGAUGGAGCUGGAGCUAGGAGAGUUUGUCUGCGAGGGGGAUGAAGAUGGCGACGUUUCCUUCGGUCUGGCGGAGACGAAACGUUUGAACGGCAAGGGCGGUCUCAUCAUGCAGGGAAUCGAGAUAAGGCAUAAGAAUUAAAACGGACUAAUUAUGGGAGGAGCUUCUGGGAUUAAACCGAUCGUAUCCACGGUUUAAUCCAGUAUAUAAGGGAAACUGAGGCAUCAUAUUUUCUUGUAAUGUGUGUUUUUAAACUGCUGUCUUGGGUUUCAUUCUAUUUCUAUUGAUGUGACCGAUGAAUCAUUUUUGCUUGUUUCAUCUUAAAAGAAGAAACAGUUGAUGCAGAGAGGAAUAUUACCCUCUCUCUGUUGUA